AUGAAGGCGUUUUUGCUCGUGUGUUUAGUAGUGGUGACUUCGGCCAAGUAUGAAGAAUAUGCCGGAUGGAAGUCAUACUAUGUCCGUCCGUCAAAUUAUGACCAACUUACCUACUUGGGAAAUCUAGUACAAAAACUGAACUUAGAUUUUAUCAACCACGCUUAUGUUGAUCAAGAUGGUAUUGUUAUUGUCCAUCCUGAGGUGCAGAGACAAUUCUUGAAGAACUUAGAAGAUUAUAACAUCGAAUUUAGAGUGCAUUCCAAUGAUGUUAGAGAACAAUUACUAAAAGAAGAAGAAGUACUUUUCAAAGAAAGUUCUUCAAAAAAUACCAUCAACAGUCGCUUGUCAUACGACAGAUAUCACACCACAGAUGACAUUGAGAAUUAUUUAAGGGAAAUCGCAGCGGCCUAUCCAAGGGUGGCUAAAUUAGAGAUACCAUCUAAUACAUUCGAAGGACGCCCCAUACCAAUGCUUAAAGUAUCAACCACGAACUUCGAGGACAAAUCGAAACCAAUUAUCAUGAUUGACGGUGGUAUCCAUGGUAGAGAGUGGUUGACAAUCCCACCAGUCACAUAUGCAAUUCACAAGCUGGUUGAGAAUGUUACAGAACCAGACCUUCUUGAUCGAUAUGAUUGGAUUCUCUUACCCAUGGCUAACCCCGACAGUUUUAAUUUCUCAAUUGUUACAAGCGUGGUGUGGCAAAAAACCCGAUCAACUGAUAAUCAUCCCCUUAGCGUGGUAUGCCUCGGUGCAGAUGUUGACAGAAACUUCGACUUCAACUGGAGAGAUUUGGGCCCCGAAGGAACACCUUGUACUCCCCUUUAUCCAGGAAAUAGGCCAUUCUCUGAGGUGGAGACCAGAAACCUCAGGGACAUAUUACAUGAGAACCUUGAUAGACUAAGGAUGUAUAUAUCAUUCGACAGCUUUGGUACCAAAGUUAUGUACCCUUGGGGAUAUGACGCUAGUCUAUCGAACCGCGCUCUAGUUCUUCACACAGUUGGUGUGUCUAUAACCGAAGCUAUGAAUAAGUACGCCGAGGAUAAUAACCACCCGUUUCCUUUGGGAUAUCAAGUUGGAAGCGAGGCAAUUGUUAGAGGCUAUACAGUAGGAGGCAUGUCAACGGACUACGCACAUUACCUUGGAGUCCCAUUGGUUUUUAAGAUAGAAGUGCAUGGAUUCUUCGGCGCAUACUUCAUGCCUCCGCAGUAUAUUGUACCGACGGUCUUAGAAGCUUGGGAGGGUAUUGUAGCUGGCGCUAGACGUGCUGCAGACAUGUUUUAA